AUGGCGACGAACAUCUCCCCUUCAGAAAAUGACCUGAAGCAAGCUCUCAUCGAUCUGCGAGCGAGUAACCCAACCUUGGGUAUCUCAAAAGUUCAUGCCCUUCUACUAUCCACCCAUACGACGUGGACCGUCAGCGAGAAGAGAACGAAGAAGGUGUUGCAGAGCGAAGGACUUGUCCUAUCCUCAUCGGCGGCAAAGAAUGCGGGUGCUGAAAGCUGUGGUGGUGUAAUAUACCCUUCCUCUCGGAUUUUAAAAGGACUGGAUAUCUCCAAGUUUACUCGGAAGGUGGAGGUGAGAUACUUCGGGAAAAGCAAGGGGAAAGGCUUGGUGGCGAAGGUAAAAAUCGCAGAAGGGGAAACGAUUUGGAAAGAAGAUCCAUUCAUCUUAGCACCAGAAUGGGAACUAUUCGAUCUGCAAGUGUCCUCGGUCGCCUGCGCACACUGCAGCACACCUCUCCGAGACUCUCCACUUGUCAUCCCCUGUCGUGCUACAUCCUCGUCAGCCACAUCGUGCACAGCAAAGUUUUGCGGCCGUCUAUGCCUCUCGCGUUCCGCUCGGAUACACCCGCUUCUCUGCUCUUCCCAAAAUCCGGCGUCAGUAGUCCUGCUGGCUUUUGCAAGGAAAAGCCGGUGGAUGAGCCUGCAUGCCCUGGUACAAUGCACCGCGCGACUCAUGCUGACCUACCAGCAGGACGAGGCAUCAUUCUGGGUGGACUGGGAGGUGUUUCGCGGUCUUGCACGGCUGAGUAUGGAGGAACGUGCGAAGGGCGAAUGGAUGAAGGGUGUCGGGCCUGACAGAGAUACUUGGAAGAAGGCGUACAUGCUGUACGUGCACGCGUUCCGUGAACCACCAAGCGCCUAUGACAAAAAGAAGUUUGCGAAGUUGGUGAAGAGACCUCUUCCAGAAGAGAUAAUGCACGAGUUGUUCGACUACGAUGCCUUUUUGUGCGGUCUUGGUAGCAUGAGUCUCAACCUAGAAUCACACGGCGGCUUAUACGUGCUCCACUCUCACAUGAACCAUUCAUGCUCUCCGAACAUAUCCGCCCGGCACAACGAGCAACGGACCGCGCUAUCGCGAAUAACUGCCAUAGCUCGACGGGACAUAGAGCCAGGCGAAGAGCUCACCCUCACGUACGUCGACCCGAGUCGGGGCGUGAAACAGCGUCGUAGCGAGCUAUUAGAGUGGGGCUUUGGGACAUGCCAGUGUGAGCGUUGUCGCGCCGAGAUAGAAGUGGCUAGUCAGCAGGACGCUAGUGCUGUACAUGAGGAUGAUUUAGAGAAGGAACUCAAAGCUGGGCUUGGUGUUGUGUAG